AUGUCUGAAUAUUUAUCAAAGGCAGCAGCGUUCGCCCAGAAUGCUGCAAAGCUGUCGAAAAAAGUAUCCGAAGGUAUAGUUGAAAAUGCACGCGAAUUUGGGCUAGAAGCGACUUCCUCGGGACAUUAUUUUGAUACUUCAGAAGACAAAAUGCGCGAUAUCAAACGACAAUUAGACUCGAGACAUGAUCGCGAAAAGAUGGAUGGAUUAAAAAGAUUAAUUGCGUUGAUAAGAGCAAUGGCCUUACGAGUAAUGUCUGGCAUUCGGGUUCCUGUCAUUAGUCCAAUAGUAUUAUUAGCAAUCAAAAAGUGCAUGACUGAUUUAUCUGCAUACGUAAGAAAGACUGCCGCACACGCUAUUCCAAAAUGUUAUAGCCUUGAUCCAUCGCAAAAAGAUGCAUUAGUCGAUAUCAUUACUACUCUCCUUAAUGAUAAUUCGCCGUUUACAAUUGGUAGUGUAAUAACAGCUUUUAAUGAAAAUAAUCGGGUUUCUCAAAAGAAAAAGUCAAAGGCGUUUUAUUCUGAUGAAGAUUCUGACGAUUCGGAUAACUCUCUUGAUAAUUCUUAUGCCCUUGACCCAGAUCAUGAACAAUUACUAAGAGAUUCUUUACCUCUCUUGCAGAGCAGAAAUAGUGCAGUAGUAUUAUCAGUUGCAAAAAUUUUCUAUCAUUUAGCACCAACCGCGGAUGCUUACAAAAUAAGCAAACCGCUAAUUAGGCUGCUACAUAGCCACCGAGAAAUUCAAUAUGUCGUAUUAGCUAAUAUCGCCACAAUGGCAACGCAGCGACCUGUAUGUGUUAAGCCCCAUUUGCAACAAUUUUUCGUACGAUCAACAGACCCUGUUUUCAUCCGUAAUUUAAAAAUGGAAAUUAUGACAUUAGUCGCGACCGAAAGUAAUAUAACCGGAAUACUUAGAGAAUUGCAGGAAUAUGUGAAAAGUCCUAAUAAAGAUUUUGCGACUUCUGCAAUUCGAGCUAUUGGCCGAUGUGCAAUAGGAAUGCCAGAAAUGGCCGAAAAUCAUAUAACGGUGCCAAUGGCCAGAGCAAGUAUAUUUUGGCUUGUUGGUCAAUAUUCACAAAAUUUGGAAAAAGUUGCUCCGGAUAUAUUAAGAAAAGCUGCAAAGACAUUUACAACUGAAGCAGAUGUAGUGAAAUUGCAAAUUAUCAACCUUGGUGCCAAGCUCUUAUCACUUCAUUCCACAGACCACACACUGAACCUUUUAUUCCAAUACGUUCUUAAUCUUGCCAGAUAUGAUCUUAAUUAUGAUAUCAGAGAUCGUGCAAGACUUCUCAGAAGCUUGAUUUUAGCAAGCGAGAAAAAAGAUUCCCACAUUAAUAAUAUGGGAGUGGAGGGUGUUGAAGAAGCAAUGCGGUCAGAAGAGUCGAGUAAAAGCACUAUAUUGAAGAACAACUUGAAACGGAUACUAUUAUGUGAAAAGGAGGCGCCUUCGGAAGAAAGCCCAUCUGUGGGAUCCAUGUCACUUGUCUUAAAUUACUCUGUACCUGGAUAUAAAUCUUUACCUGAUUGGCCAACCGAAAAGCCAGACGGCUCCGUCAGAGAAAAUUUGGACGAUACAUGGAAUAGAAACCAAUACAUUAAAGGAUUCGGAAGUGAUUCAUUUGGACGGUUUGUUCCGUCAUCAACUUACGAUAAACUCCCUGCCAAACAACGCAACGAGACAUAUGAUUCUGAAAAUUUUUACGACGAAUCAUCUGAUGAUAAUAGAAAUUAUAGUGAAAAGACAGGUAAAUUAAGUUUGCUGUUUAUUUCUUAA